AUGGUACCUCCUAAACCAACAGCUGCUCAAAGAACCUCACGAGCACGAAUUCUUGAUUCUCCCAGUUCGGAUUCUUCUUCUUACAACAGUGGGUCCGAAACCCAAGGUGUACCAUCACCACAGCCCCAAACGCAACCCAACGCGCGACCGGCAGGAACCGGCGGAUGGGCUGCUAUGAACAUAGCUCGGCGGUUCACUCCAGCAGCCACAGCUACGUCAUCUAGUGGACCAAUCACAUCGUCUACCCGUAGUGGUGGCAGCAGCCGACAAGCAGCAGCAGCAGCGGCUGCGUCCGCAUCUAGACCCCACGUCACUGUCACACUCAAGACUCCACGUGGAAGUGCGCUCAGCCGGAGACCAGCACGCAGUUCGACUCCGGUGGGGGGAUCAGCGGGUAUCAGCAAGCGAACACCUGCCGGAUCGAGUCGACGGAAAACUGCAGUUGUAUCUUACAACGAGGAUGAAGAGGAGGAUGAAGAUGAAUUAGAGGAAGAAGGGGCUGAUGCUGAAGAGGAAGAAGAAAGCCAGCAACCUAUUGCACGGACUCGUGGAGCACGUAUUACCAUUCCUGCUAUGAGCAAAGCCGAAGAGGACGAGGAUGAGGAAGAAGACGAUGAGGAUGAUUUGGAAGAUGAUGACUUGGAUGAUGAUGAAGGCCUUGAUGAAGAGGAAGAGGAGGAGGAGGAGCCUGAAGAAGACAUAAAUGAAGAAACAGGUGUCGGUGGCAAUGGCGGCGAUGGCGGCGAUGGCGGCGAUGGUGGCGAUGGUGGCGAUGGUGGCGAUACAGAAGAGACACCAGAUUUGUCGAGGAUGACAGCUCGACAGCGGGCACGUCACGAACCCUCUCUGGAAGACUUUUCUGAGCCUGUGAGUGAUGCUGGCAUUCCAUCAAAUUCUCGCACUGGUGGCAGCAACAAUAAGAAAAUCCAGCUUACGGAGGAAGAGCAAGCUUUACGGCGAGCAGAACUUGCGCGCCGGCGCAAAAACAUGUCGAUGCGGCGUCUGGAGGAAGAGAAACAAGAGACCCUCGAUAAGCUUCUAAAAAAACGGGCGUCGCGUAGUCGUAACAAGAUUCUUUCAGCAGCAGACGAGUCCAGCGCAGGUCCUGGAAGCCCAGCAACAAAUACUGAUGCUGCAUCAGGGGAUGGAACAAAUCUCUCAAGUAAGCGGAGCGUCUACGUGAGCCACCCGGCGCUUCUUUCAUGGCGCAGUGCGCCCAAUGGAGUGUUUACUCUGAGUAUGGAUGCUAAAUGGGGGGCUUCAGUCUGA